ACUCAAAUCCCCGCCGAGCCUUCGCCGCUGGGACGCGGUCGGCCUCCAAUGCAGCCCUUGAACAGGACACACGUGACCGCCACCCCGGAAAGACAGGAAGACCAGAAGACUGAUCUUGUUUUGGGAAUCCUGUGUGUCAUUUCGGGAAUCCUGUGUGUCGUUUUGGGAAUCCUGUGUGUUAUUUCGGGAAUCCUGUGUGUCGGUUCGGGAAUCCUGUGUGUGUGAGGACCUCAUGGACACACAGUCAGUCAUGAAGUCCAGUGUCCUGAUCUCUGGAUCCUGAUCCUGAUCAUUAUCUCUGUGUUCAGUACUGGGUCUGAAUCAGCUGUUGGUCCAUUGAAGGUGAAGCUGCAUGACUCUGCUACUCUGCCCUGCUCUGAGAGAUGCUCUGGUUUAGCGAGAUGGACUGUGUUCCACAAACGCAGUGACACUCUGGCUGAGUGUGAUCAGACUUCAUGUAGAUCAGUGAAGGAUGGAUAUCAGAUGAUCCAUGAUCAGUACCUGAAGGGGAAUCUCUCUCUCAUCAUCACUGACGCUGAUUUCAGUAAGAGAGGCUGGUACACGUGUGACUGUGCCAGCAAGGACGUCUGUGAUGUUCAUCUACAGAUUGAGCCCUUGAACACUACAGUUGAGAUGAUGGCCGGUGAAUCUCUGAUCCUAAGGGUGGACGUAUCAGAUCCAGUGGACGUGACUUAUAACAGUACAGGUACACCUGGACCCUCCAGUGGUCAGAUCUGUACAGUGGAUGGACCCUCACUACAGUGUAAACCUGAAUACACACAGAGAUCAUCACUCACAUCUGGUGUUGAGCUGAGAAGAAUGACUCCAUCAGACAGUGGAGUUUAUACUGUAAUGGACAGCAGGAAUAAAGAGGUCAUUCACACCUACACAGUGACCGUCCAAGAUGUACAGCAGAGCUCCAUAUGGAAGGAUGGAUAUCAGAAAGGAAACAGUGAUGGGUAUCAGAAGGGAAGUGAAGAUGGAUAUCGUAACGGAUUGGGAAUCGGAGCAGGCGUUUUUGGGAUCAUAGCUCUGGCUCUUGGUGUAAUUUUCGGAAUGUUUGCUGUGCCGCGGGUGCGUCUUCUGAGGUUGAGAAGAGAAGAUCCCUCAGAAAGAAUAGGAGACGAUCCCUCAGGUGGGCGACAAGCUGAAGAUGCUGAAAGUGGUCUUGCCCUGGCCAGUGCUUGCUAGACAGAAUUCUGAAGACUAAACAGCUUCUGUAAGUUCUCUUUUUUAAGAAAUUCAAUGUCGUCUUCUGGAAAAAACUUGAAGAAAAAGAAGCUUGAUGUGAUGAUCAGCCACAGGGACCAUGUCGAAUUUGUCCUGUUACAGUCUCAGUAACUCCUAAACCUCAUGAGAGAAGCAGUACUUCAGUCCUCUAAAACAGCUGUCUGAAGAACGUUUCUUCAGUAGGUUUUAGUUUGGGAUUAGACCAACGUGUUGUGGGAUUUCAUCAGUAGCGUGUUCAGUGUUAUUCAGGGAUUAAUGGUGAGAAUCAGGAGAGAGUGGCUCAGUCCUUCUAACACUGAAAUACUUCGUUCUAAUCCCACUUCAGAUUUCUGUCCGUGUUUAGCUUCAAAUAUGUAGAAGAUCUUUGAUCUGGCCUUGAACAGAUUGAGGAUUCAUGGUUUUAUUAUAACAUAACAUAAAAAUAAUUCCAUCUUCAAAAAACUUCUGAUGAGACGACUCUGCUCCACAUACAGUGAACGGAACAAGACAUUCUAAACAAUUCUUAUUUAUUUAAACACGUUACACUGGCUGUGGAAAACUGUUCAAUUAUUUUGCACCUCACAGGUUUAAUUUCACUGCUACUGAUCCUGAUUUUAAGCUUGGCUUUUCGUUGUGUAGUAAUUUUCUGUAGUGUGAGAUUUUGAGCUGCUGCUUCUUGGUCUUCAGCUGUAUGUUCUGAGCAGCUCUUUAACAAAGGCCUUUUUGCUGAACUGUAGCUGCUGUAAUGCCAAAGGUCCUUUCAGACCAGAGCGUGUUGAGCUUCCUCUGAAUGUAGCUCUGCUUUCAGAGCACAGACAAAGCCUUUAAACACAUGAACGCUGGUUAUUAACUAAACACUACUGGAAUCUACUGGACGCACUGUAAUUAAAGAUGCUACUGUAUAUAAUAUAAUGUGCAUGUAGGUGAAACGCCUCUAAAAACUCAAGGGACAAAAUCCAGAAAGAGGUGGUCUAAAAAUGGUGGUCUACCUCCAUUAAAACAAUAUUUGUGCCUUUUCCAUGUUCAAAUGUUUCCUUUCACCUCCUGAUCCUGUAAUAAACGAGCUAAAAGGAGAACCGGACUCUGAUGGUACUAAGACUCUGCUUUAAGUUCGGCUCUUUAGCCUCGUACACUAAACCUGUAGGAGGAAUCCUGGGUGUGAUCUUAGACUGAGCUCUGUUUAAUGGAAACACAGUCGCUAAAGUAGCUUUUUAUCAUGUGAGAAAAACUGUUAAAGUUCAGCUUUUCUAACUUUUUAGGAGAGACUUUAAAGUCCUGCUGCUGUUUUUAAAGAGCUACAUGACCAUAAAGCUCCUGAAUGUCUGUUUAUGAUCUUAGAUCUGCAGAAUAAUCAUAACAAUCUUGUUUCUUGUGUUACUGUUACACAUUAUCAUCUGUCUGUAAAACACUGUAGAGCUGCCAGUGCAUGAAAAAUACAGUAUGGAUAAAAUAUAUUGCAUCAUUAUUAUUAUUAUUUUUAUUAUUACUAUUAUUACAGUGGAAGGGAUUUGUGGGGUUUGUGCAUUUAAAUUUUUGUGUUUAGUGAUUGAAAAACACUUCUGUUGAAGUUUCUGGAACGUAUUCAGUGUGUCUGACCCUUACAGUGAUUAAUAUUAUAGAUAAGACAGGGUAAAAUGACAGGACUGUAAAUGAAUGUUGUAGCAUUAAGGAGCGAUAAUGGUUCGAUAAUUAUGUGUAAACAACAUUUACUCUGAGUCAUUUUAGAUUCUGUUCCAUUUAAUGCACGUCUGUAUCCACAUUUCCUGUAAUACACACAGUGCACUGUGUUUACACUUGUGCUUACUGUCCAUUUAACUACUGAUGAAAUAAACAAAUGGGUGCUAAAACUUCUGCACAAGAUUGUUUCAAUCUGUCCUACUUCAUUAGCAUUUCCCACUUUACUAAUCAGAAGCUAUAAGAAGCAAGAAACUCAGUUCAUUCAUAAAGCCCAGUGAUUUUCAGCCUUGAAGAGCUCCAGCUCUGUUAUUGAUGCUCGGCUGCAGCGGUUUCUAGAGUUCACGCUGCAAUAAAGAAAAAUCUCCAAUGAGCAUCAGUUC